AUGCACUCUACCACCGACGCUGUGAUUCCUAACGGAUCUGCUGGCAGUGGGAUCAACGGCCACGACUCUUACGACAUGGACGCCCCGACCAUCCAGCCCAAGUUCCUGCCCAAGCGCAAUGAGCUGGGUUUAGUCGCUGUUGGGUUCUCCGGCGGACAAUGCAAACCCGGCGUCGACGCCGCUCCCAUGGCCCUCAUCGAAUCCGGCCUCGUCAACCAACUCAAAGACGAUCUCGAAUACACCCUCCACUACGACAACCAAGUGCACGCCUACUCCGACCUGAUGCCCGCCUCCGACCCUCCCCACCGCGGCAUGAAGAACGCCAGCGCCGUCUCCGCUGUCACACAAAAGUUAUCGAGCCAAGUCUACGAGCACGCCAAGCACGGCCGCUUCGUCCUCACCCUUGGCGGCGACCACUCGAUCGCCAUCGGCACCAUCUCCGGCACGGCGAAGGCGAUGCGCGAGCGGUUGGGACGGGACAUGGCGGUCAUCUGGGUGGAUGCGCACGCGGACAUCAACACGCCUGAGAGCAGCGAUAGCGGGAACAUCCACGGGAUGCCGCUGGCGUUCCUCACCGGCCUGGCGACGGAGGAGGAGGACAAGCCGUUCGGAUGGGUAAAGGAGGAUCAGCGGGUGAGCGUGAAGAAACUCGUCUACAUCGGGCUGCGCGACGUGGAUCGCGGGGAGAAGAAGAUUCUGCGGGAGAACGGGAUCAAGGCGUUUAGUAUGCACGACAUCGACCGGCACGGCAUAGGCAAAGUCAUGGACAUGGCUUUGGGGUGGAUUGGGCGGGACACGCCGAUCCAUCUGUCCUUCGACAUCGACGCGCUGGAUCCGAUGUGGGCUCCGAGUACCGGCACGGCGGUGCGAGGGGGGUUGACGUUGCGGGAGGGGGAUUUCAUCGCCGAGUGUGUGCAUGAGACGGGGAGUCUGGUGGCGUUGGAUCUGGUGGAGGUGAAUCCGAGUCUGGAGGAGCAGGGGGCGGCGGAGACGGUGAGGGCCGGGGUGAGUAUUGUGCGGUGUGCGUUGGGGGAUACGCUGUUGUAG